AUGUUCCAUAUAGGUCAUGAAGAGGAGGCCCAAACGGCGACAACUUCCAUCACUACGACGGAUUCUCCUCAGGAGGCUUCCGUUUCGUUGGACGUUGAUAAGCUCAAUAAGUCAAUCAGCAAUUUAGGAGGCCCUAAGAAACCUGAUACUUGUUUAAAGUCCCAGCACUCAAACAUCGACUGUUCUGUUGUUUUUCAUGAUGCUUCCAUCAAGGAGCAUGAAUGCAGAGCCCUAGAACUUAAUGAGAAGCAAAAAUUGGAUAUUUUCAGCGAAAAUGAUAUCGUGUUCGAAAAAACUACUGAUGAAUUGUCAAAAUCCAAGGACGAUCUUUCAUUUGCUCAGAAGUUUUCUUCACCAGAUCUAAAGUUGGGAGAUCCUCUUCUUGAAAGCGAAGUCACCACCUCUGCGUUCAAUGUGCAAUGUCGUGAUAUAAGUUUAGAACAGGAUAUACUUGAGCAAAGUGACAUCUUUAAGGACAAUUUGGAUUCUGAUUCUUCUUGUGGUAGGGAUGACGGAAAAAGUUUAGUGCAUACGGAACUUGAAUCCUCUGAUUAUUUAUGUGGCACAUGGGAAAAGAGCGAGCAUUCAAUCCUUGCCUCAAGUGGUUUUGGGACAGAAUAUAGUGUUUGGGUCACUGGGAGUCAGGAAGGCGCUCACUAUCAAGAAAUUGAUGAUCUUAUUUUUAGAGAUAUGAAUCAGAGUGAGGCCACCACAAUGAAGGAUGAAGAUUUAACUAGUGACAGUGGCCUUUUGCCGAGUGAACUACCCUUGAUUGGAACAGCUAGAUUUACUCUAGGGACCGACAGUCAAACGCUAAGCAAAACGAGUUCUUUUGAAAAAGAAGAUGAUAUUGCAGCGUUUCUUUCCACAGAAAAAGAUGAGAAUGAAUAUAUCUAUGAAAGACCGGAUUCCAUGGGAAAAAAUGAGGCUUCGUUAAGCUUGGAUGAUGAGGCUCAAUUGAACUUUAUUUAUGACGGAGAAAAAGGCAAGGAUUCUCCUUUAUUUAAGGGUCCUAUGGUUUCUCAAGCUCAUCGGCAGUCAUUCUCAAAGUGUUUAGACAAUCGACGUGGCCUUGCUCAACGGGAUGAAAGCAAAAUAGAAGAUGAUGAAGACGAUUUCGCUCAGUUGGCCGCAGCUGCAGGAGUUAAUCUCGUCGGAGAAGACUCUUCAGAUCAAGAUGAAGAUGAUGACGCUGAUGAUCUUCAUCUUAUCAGCUGUGGUCCAGUUGGCGAAAGAAUCGCACAAGGUAUGAUACGAGAAAGCCAAGCUCAUCGUGUAGUUGAUUCUGCACUCGAUAGAUCCAUGAAGAUGCUAACUCGACUACAAUCAUAUAGCCUAAGAUCUACCUCCGAGCGAGAGAGGGCAAAAAAGUGUCAGGUCGCUACAAGCUCUAGUGAUUGGUCAUAUUCUGGACCUAAAGCCGACUCAUCCAGACCAGAGUAUAUUGAAAAAACAAGUGAAUUCAUGAAUACCAUACGGAAGGAGCACACCAAAGAAGUUGAUUCGCAUGACCUGGUGACAGAUUCUUCUAUCACUUCGGCCACAGCCUACUCUAGACAGAUGGAAGCAAUGCACGAGCUAGACGAAGUACCAGAGGAAGAGGAAGAAGAAGAAAACGCAGGCAACCAGGAAAAAUAUGAAGUGUUAAGUGAAUGCGAUAAGGGGUUUGAUACAGACAGCCUGGACGAUGCUUUCGUGCUGAGGGGGGACGAAAUGUAUGAUGAAGAAACCAAACAACUUGGAAAAAAUAAAAAUGCGAUAUCUGGUUCUCCUUUGAGUCCUUACCCUAUCCUUGAGGCACUUGGUGAAGAAGCAGAAGAUGACUUUGAGAGCCUUAAAAGUCCCUUGGAUUUUGAACUGGUUCCCGCUCAAGAUGAAGAUAGUGAAGAAGUAUUGCUUUCGGAUCAACUAGAAAUACCAAGCUCAUUGAAUAGACAGGUCAUUGUGAUUCCGAAUAUAGAUUCCACACCACAAUUCCGCAUAGGAGAAGCAAAGUCGAAAGAAUGCCUUUCACUCAACGCCUCUUUCACCGCACUUCCAAUUCAAACGGUUCCAUCCACUUCCCGAUGCAGCUUCUCUUCUUCUGACCAAAUGACUGGAUCUUGGACGGAUGCUGCUUAUGCUAGUAUUGCCGAAAGCUCCGGUACACCAGAUGAAUCCAGUCGAGAUAGUCAAACCACAGUAAUUCAUGUUGGUUCGCCUGGAGGCAUGGGACGUUUUCUCUAUGCCAAGGAUAUGCAUUCAUCAAGAACCUCGGUUCGGUCAAGCCAGGAAGGUCGUGAGGAUUUUUCUAAGCCACUUCAUUCUCAGGUUGACAAUGCUCAGGAAGCAGACUUUUAUGACCAGCAAGGAAGCAAAGACGAUAUACAUUGGGAGCUAACAAAGCCAAGAGGCUCAAGGACCACAUUAGCCUCCGUUGAAAGCGAUCUAAAUUUGUUGGAUAAUUCGCUUAUGUCUCCUGAAGACAGAGCCUCUUUUGGCGGUAGCAUGGCCCAGUUGACGAGGAAUACAGAACGGCAAAUGACUGAAUGCCUAGGUCCCUCCACUUCUUCUUCAUCGGCAAAGGCGCCCAUAAAUUUGACUGCACAGAGCGGAGUGGUAGCAGCCAUAUCCGCUGUUUCUAUGACCGAGGGAAUGGAGGAACGCGUGACAGAUCAGAUUCAUACCGCAUCCUCAUCCCCUGGUAUGCUUAACCAGCCUAUUCAGAAUGUAUCAGUUGGCCUUGGUAGUAGUCAUGGCUCUUCAUUCAUGGGUAUUUCUGGACACCAUACAGGCAUCUAUUAUCCACAGCAGAGUGGAUCCAUAAAGCGUAUGAAAAGAGCUAGGCGUGGUAAUUCUGCUACGCUUAGUGUUGGUAUAGUAACUUCUUCAUCUUCUAACUCUCCGGCUGGAGUGAGCCGAAUAAGUAGUGCCGGCGAUUCUUCAGAUGUCUCUAAGAUAGCAACUGAAACGACAUCAUCCUCUCUUCGUGAUUUUGAGCAUUUUGAGCUUCAGUUGGCUUCUACACAAGGCAGCACCAAGUCGUCCCUUGCCGGAGUCAGUCGUGAAGAGGCAAACGGCGUAAGUGACAAAGGUGAUCGUAGCAGCGGCAGUGCAACUAGUGGAGGUUCUUUGUCGGAGUUUGAGCGGAUUGAGGCUGAACUUGAGACUAAGGGUCAUUCUAGUACCUCUUCAUUGAGCGUUAGUAGCGUUGGACGCAGGGCAAGUGAGGGCCUUAGCUCGCACUCUUCUUCAAUGUCCGAGUUCCUGCGCAAUGAGCAAGCUUGUGGAUCAGCAGAGAGUGUUAUACAAGUCAGUCCAGUUAAAGAUUGCCCUUCUGCCUUCGGAAUGGCCCUCCGGACUGAUUAUGGAGCCGCUUUGGUCUGUAGUGAUCCACAACUUAUUCAAAACCAGGUUUCUCCUUCCUUGGGAGUUGUAGGAGGUCCUAUAGAGACAAUUUAUGAGGAUGUAAUUGCUGAGCAAAUGUGUCAAAGUAUCGAAUCUACGGGAGAAGACAAUGAAGCAAGCUAUACUUGUUUGCGGCUUGACACCUCUGAUUCAUUGAGUGCUGACGAAAUUACCAAAGACUUAUUGAGGGAAGCAGCAUCUGCCAUGGAUACUAGUAGUCAGUAUUUUCACGAAUGUUACAGCCAAUCCCAUGAACCGAAAGGUCUCAUGCCUCAAAUUUCUCAGCAUAUGAACUUGAAGCCAACUCUAGAUGAGGAGCCAGAUAAAAUAGCAGAAGAGGAUUUUGUGAUUCCCUCACAUACAUCAAAAACAAGAAGUGGUAUAUUCGAAGGUGCAGAUGAUUAUGAAGACGAAGAAAAAGAUGAGAAAGACAAUUUUGAGGAAAAAAGAUUUGAUUCUAUAGAAGUAGAUUCACUAUCUCAGUCUUUACUUUGCGAUUCUCUCAUGCCUUCUUCUCAGCUUAACUCGAGCUCACUAGGUGAGAGCAGUUUAGCUGGAGGACUUCUUGGCGAGGAAUAUGUGCUCACUGAAAGUCAACUCCCCAUUACUGAAUGGGCAGCCAAUCUCAUCCAAGAAGCAAGACAUGAACUUCAACUUUUUAGAGAUAGAGAAGUGGAUUCAAUCGGAGAAGCGGAUUCUUCCUGUGGAGAUGUUAUGCCCCAAGGCCCGACAGACUCGCUGUGCACAUCUUCUUCUGUGAGCUCAGGAUUAGCUGGCCUAUCAGAUGCCGAUUGCCACCAUCGACUUCCGCCAGUCGAUGCUUUGCCAGAAACUGGAGAAUUUACACGGAUUCCACCAAAUGCCGAUUUCGAUGCGUUUCGACAACGAUGCAUUGGUAUUUCAUCUGAAGACACAAGAGUCAAUGCUCUACUUGUAGAUUCAUCUGCAGGUGCUGCAGAUCCUGUUGAGGAAUUCUUAGAAUUUAGUUCUGCAAACCCCACUCAGAUUAUGCUCGACUCCCUCGAGGAUAGUGGUGCUGCAAUGGCUUCUGCUCUGAGCCCUGAAGCCUCAGAGCAUUAUCAAAGGCCAAAACACCUUGAUGAUAAAUUAAACUUUCCUUCGGCAUCAAUUGCAUUAAAUUAUGAGCAAAGUAUUUCACUGAAAAUCGCAGGUCAUAUCCAACCUGUGCCUACAGAAUCUAUUAGGAUCGCUUUAGCAGUUGAUGAGAAUUCAGAUAAGCUGGGUGUCGUGGCCAGUUCUCCACACUCUGAUGCUAAAUCACAGGCUAUACUACCCUCGAUUAGCUGCGGUUCACUCAAAAGUAUUUCCCAGGCAGCCGCAAUCGAGCAUAGUAUUAUAUCCCAUACCGACUCUAAUCUUGGGUCCGGUAUUUUUGAUGUCUCAGAUGAUGAGCUUGUUUCUGGAAGACCGUAUAUGACUGGCAUAAGCCAUACACAAUCUACUACCCCACCAGCAAACUAUGCAAGUGAUAUCGGAGAACAUCUUACCAAAGCUCAAGCUGAUGAUUCUUCUUACAUCAUAGUCGAUGAUAUACCUGUAGAGCAUGAGUCUCAAGAAUAUGCAGGUUUUCCUAAAUUGGAGCAAAAGAGCUUUUCAAGUCAGUCCCUACAUUCGCAUUGCGGUUAUCAAGAAGGAGACCAAAUAUCACCAAAACAUGAAGAAACUGGCAUAUCAACUGAAAUGAUAUUACAGGAAAAUUACUCUUAUAAAGAACUCGGUGAACACAAGGUAGUUACUUCAACUACCCUAGAAAUCGCCUUAGAUAAACAGAAUGAAGCAUCUGGGCCAGCGUUUAUUGAGACUUUAUCCCAAGGAUCGGAGGUAUCACCUUCGUCAUCUUCACUUUAUGAAAAGGAUUGA